AUGGCUGCUUUGACCCUCGAAUUACGAAGUGGCGACGAGGAAUCGAUCGAGUGUUGGGAUGGCGAUGAAGACCUGCAAUGCUAUGAGGAAUUCCAGCUGCGAGCGGCAUCAAGUGCGACCUCUGUGACAAACUCAUCGGUCCGUCAUUCAGUGCAUCGGGACUCCAUAUCUUCUCGUCGCUCUGCACGCUCGGAUUUGGAAUCAAACGGCGGUGGCGAUGAGGACUGGCAAGUUCAGUUGCUGGACAACGAUGAGAUGAUCACUGAAGAGGCUAUUGCUUCUGCCAAACAUGCCGGAAUACCUCUGCCCAUAAAUGUCCCUAAAUCAGCCCUUGUUGGUGGUACCAUCAAACGCCUUGGGCGGAGGAAACCCAACACAAACACGGUCGACGAUUGGGCUGAUGACGUGGAUUUUCCUGGUCCCGACGGAAUACUGCAGUUGAGAGAGCCUUUGGAUACGUCUUUUCCUGAGGCGCUACGACAAGUCAGCUCCGCUGCAGUAAGUCCUAUCAAAGCAUCGGCAUCAGCUACAUGGGAUACUGACAUCUCAACGCGACUACAACCGGCCUUGUCAAUCCCGGCAAUCCCCCGAAUGGACGACGAUACGGACGACGCUCAUGAUAUCCCUACAAUCAAAGUUGCGAGACCUCGUUCGCCAGACAGGCCCUCGCUUGUCAAUAAUUUCAUGCUUCAUAAGGACCACUGUUCAGGGGACGAUUGUGAGCAAGACUUUGAAUUACCAAACGGUGAUUUACCGUUGCGACUUACUCCUCGCAAUGCCAGUGCAGGGCCUUUGAGCCCUUCUACAGAAGAAAUCGAGUUAGAUUGGUCCGAAGGCAGUAUUGGGGUCCGGUUUGGUGGGGCCACUAGGGAGCAUCGAUCGAACCCGUCAUCUAUGUCCGUUGUGAGCCCAAGCGCUUCUAGCUGUCUCACGGCUGAAAGUGAAGACGACGGCCUCGAUGGUCUCGUUAUUCCUGAAGAGCCUUUAGACUUAGAAUCCCAUUUCAAAAAAAGGGGAGCGCCUGUAGAUCAGGACCUGGCUUGCGCAAAGCCUCCUUGUGUCAGUCAAGCUUCAAACAGAAGUGACGAUUUCUUUUCCGAACUUGAGAUCGAGGACGGACUAUUUGAUCCUCAAAGGCUCUCGAUAAACCCGAACAUUAAGUGCAAACCCGAAAACUCUCGAAGUCCUGUGCGACACUCCACAACGACUCUCACGUUCACUAACAUGACAAUAUCUCCUAAAUCUCGGAUUCCGCGUCUAUCCGGUCCCGAUCGCCCACACUCGACAAAUUUAGAGACUGUCUCGGAGAGUGGUGCGCCUCUUUCACAGUUCAGAGAAUUACAGACCCUAGUUGGGAACCAUUCAGCACAAUAUUCUGUGUCCAGCCUCCCUUCUGUUCAGCAAUCUUCGACGUCUCAUCGACGGCACACAAGUCGAAUGAGCAAGGAACCUUUUGCAAGCGACGGUGUCCCUUUCGGCAGGUGUCUGGCCUCUAAGCGUUCAAUGCCAACAAUGCGUGAUGCACAGCACAGCGCCACGUCGCCCUUGGGUCAAUGUUUUUCCAGCUACUCUGAUGUGUCAAGUUCAAUGUCUAAAUCUAUGUACCGUCCUAAAACCCCAGUAGAUUGCUUGGGGCACGACGUGAAAGGGCUCAUGCGAAAAGCACAAGUGCCUUUCAUCCCUGCUGGAGCGUCAGAAAAGCAGUCGCACCAUGCAAGCCUUAAAAACCACCGUCAAAAUCGUCGAAAUAACCUUAACAGUUCGAACGAUUCCUUCCUUACAAGCUACGCCGCUCGAUCCUCGCGAAAUGGUCAUGACAUGUUUAGUAGGAGUCAUUCUGAAUCUAGUCCAGAGGCCUUGACCACUGUUACUAAACGGACAAUCACUCGGCCAACUCGACGGCGGAAUUUUGGAGAUGGAUCGGAAUUGGCUCUGUUCGAUGAUUUGCCUACAUCUACCUCUGCGGAAAGUAGAUUUGUGAAACAUCCCUCCGGACGGGGUGUCCCACGAUCAUUCACAAAUAAGCUGGGUCGCAGCCCGACUGUUUCUCCCAAAACAGAAACAAUCUCCCGGUCAACCUCCAGUAACUUGGCCGCAUCUCUCAACUUCGAUAAUACCCCCAGGUUUGCACGAGACACUAAUGCAUCAAGGAAUGCAAGGGAACAGCGCAUAGCCUCUUUGUCAUCGAAUUCCAAACUUCGCGAGAGCCAUCCACUUGCUCCUCUUGGCUCGAACGCAAGAACCUCCAAUAUCUCCCGGAUGCCUUCCAGCUCGGUUGCCAGCAGAGGCAAGAAGGGUAAGGCCACUGCGCUGCAUGUUUCUAGGCCCCAUCUAAUUAAGCCACUGGGCACCGGUGUACAGGAGGCCAAGUCGAUCAAUGGUAUGCGAUACAAUCCGAAAUCCUUCUCUUGGGAGGGGAAUGAGAGCUCUGUUCGUGCCUUUGAGACAAGUGCACCAAAAUCUCCAAAGCCAACACCCGCUCUCAUCACAAAUAUCGGAGCCAUGCAGAAUGUGCAGGUUGUUGGCGGGAUGGUAUUUGACCCGCGACGUAUGUGCUGGCUGAAACUGGCGCCGUCGCAGCCUGGGCGGGAUGGGUUGGUAGCUAUUCAGGACGAAGAUGAUGUCUUUGCUAGUCUCGAUGACUUGAAAGAAGGCUCUGGCAUGGUAGGUGGGCGAUCAUCAACUAAUCAUGAGGACCCUUGCCUUGCAGCAAGCGGAGACGACCGAAGCUACGGCGACUCCUCAGACGAAUGGCCCAUAACGGAGGAAUUUGAUGUUGGGCCCGAGUUCAUCAGGAGACAGCGCGCUGAGGAAGAGAAAUGGAGGCGCAAGGUGGAAAAAUGGACGAGACUUGAUUGUGCAAAGCUCGGAGAUGGCUGGAGAUGGGCUAUCCGAGAUCUGGUACGCUUCAACGGCACUGUCAAUGCCCCGGACGUUCACCAUGUAUGA